UCAGAAUGCCUUCCAAGCACACGGGACAACAUACGGGAAUCGAUUCUUGGUCAUCUGAAAGAUGCCAGGAACCGAUUUGUCUGGCUACGUGGAUCCCCCGGUACCGGGAAGACGGCGAUAAGUAUGAGCAUUGCAUCUAUGCUUGAGGGGGAAAGCGCUCUCGCAGCCUCAUUCUUCUGGGACAAAAACCAAAAGGGAACAGGCCUCGAUUCUUUAGAGUUGUUCCCUUGUACCCUUGCACGCCAACUUGCGCUCUUCAGUCCGGACUUCAAGGUGUCACUCGUCAAAUGCCUUCGGCGGCCAGACAUGAGAUUGUUUCUGAAGCUUUCUCUGGAGAAGCAGAUGCGGACCCUGAUCAUUGAACCGAUGAAUGGUCUU